AUGUAUCCUGCUAGUCGUAAUCGAUUAGAAUCGUUAAGCAACGAAUUAAUACUUGAUAUUUUUGAAUAUUUUGAUGCAUACAACUUGUAUGAAGCUUUUUAUGGAUUGAAUCAUCGUAUCAAUAGUGUUCUUCAAUCAGCUCGUUUACACAUUCUUUACGAUCCAUCAAAUGAAAACAAAACAGGUUGGGAUACACUUAUAUCUUCUGUCAAUCCAUCGCAAAUUCGGAUAUUAUCUUGUUAUGUAGAUAUUAACAUAGAUAAUCAUUUUUUGUCUUCUGCUAAAGAAAAUCUACGGUCGAUUCGUUUACAUAACACUAGUCGACAGUCAAUGAAUAAAAUAUUUCAACACUUUGCUGGUGAUAAUCAAAUUAAACGCUUAUCUAUUACAGAACGUUCACGCUUUAUAAAACGAAAUGAUCAUUCUCUCUUUGAUCUUAUAUUAGUCGAUAAUGCUUAUCGUUUUACCUCACUUGUUAAUCUUUCAUUAUCAUGUAAUCGUUAUAGGAGUGUUUCCUCUGUUGGUUCAGUUCAAUUUUUACAGCUUCGUCAUCUAUCGAUUAUUAACUGUUGUUGGUCAACAAAUUUUCUUCAAUUUCUUCAAAUCUUUGAAAAACAAUGGGAUAAAGAAUGGGUCAUUGAGCAAUUCCAACGAACAAUCAAGAAUGGAAAUGGUGCUGAUGGCUAUGAUUUAAUGGUUAUUAUACUUCCAAGUACGAACUCGCAUGGUCAUCAUACAGCGUCAGGUUUGCUUUCACUCGAAGCUAUUGAUCGUUUACAACGAAUGAAGUCAGUUAACAUAUCCAUACCAACAGUUAUUGGUGGAUCGGAAUUCAUUUUAACUAAAUCGCCAACGUACGCUGAAAAUGGACUAGCUGAAAUAUUAACAAACAUAACGACAUUCGAACUUCGUUUCAACUUGAAAUGGAAAAUGAGUAAAUCGUCGUUUGUUGACUAUAAAACGAUUCGCUUUUGGGUCGCUGCAGAACAUAAGUCUCAAGGCAGUCUCAUGGAUGAAAUAAUAUUCGAAUAUGAUCGUAAUGAAGAACAAUAUUCUUAUUUUGCUAUCAAUGAACGAUACGGUGAUCAUGGACAUCUUUCGAUGACAAGAAAUAUAUUCAGUCAACUUGCCAACAUGCAUCAAAGCGACAGCAAAAAUUAG